AUGGAGAGUAUUGUCAAGUUUGUGGAUGAAAUCCUGAACAUGGUGGGAUCCUCUGACGAUUCCUCUCCCCUACCUCCCUUGAAGGACUACAAGAAAGAACUACAGUCACUCCAGAUUAAAAUGGAGGUAGAAAAAGAGAAAGGAAGGCUGAUGGAUGUGAUGCUGAAGGAGCUGCGUUCUGAUAAACUCCACCUGCAGCAACAAGUGGCUCACAUGGAGAAACACCUACAGCUACAGGCAGAGAAGGAGGAGAAGAAUGUCCAACAAGUCAAAUGUGAUGAUCAAAUCAAAGAGGAUGAAAAUUGCCCACUGCCACCCAUGGAUGGAUACCCACACUGUAAGGAGAAAUUGAAGUGGCUGGGGGAGAUGUGGAGGACAGACCUAUGCUACAGCAAUUAUGGGGUGAAUGGGUCUCUGUGCUCCAAAAUGAUCUACCUCAGUGAGAUAGAGUCCUGGUGUCCUGUGCUUCCAGGCCGAGUAGCUCCACUGGAAAACUCAGAGGCAGUGUCUGACCAUGCAGUGGUACGGGAAAGUCUAACAGGUCUGUAUCCAUCUCUGGAAAAGAGAGUCCAGUUCCGUUGGAUUCACCAAAGAAUUCGUAGUAUGGAAGACAUUUGGGUCAAGGCUGGACGCUCUCUGUCAGCCAAAUACAACCUCACAGAUAGGAAAGCUAAACAGAUUCUGGUACAUCCCGGAGUAGUGACAGAUGAAUCGGGUGCUAGAAUAGCAGAGGCUGCCUUCAAUGGGGGCCCUCUUGGGGAACUAGUCCAGUGGAGUGACCUCAUCUCCACACUUCACAUCCUGGGUCACCAUCUUCACCUUACUGCCUCCAUACCCGACCUCAAACAUUUUCUAGGGAUUAAGAGAGGUGGCUGCCCAACUCAUCAUACAAAAGUGGAAGCAAACCUGAUCUAUACAGAUAUUAUCGGCCUUAGACAGAUUCAGGCAACACUACAGGCAUCGUGGAUCAAAUACAGGUGUAGGAUUCGUGUGUUGGAUACUUUCGGCACUGAGCCAGACUUCAAUCAUGCAGAUUGGGCCAAGGAGCACAACCUUAAGAGUCCAUAUGGCAGCCUGAACCUGAUUCCAAUGCAGUUCUACACCAUGUUCCCUCAUACACCAGACAACACCUUUCUGGGCUUUGUGGUGCAGCACCAGCGGAGCUCUGAAGAAACUGAGCGCUUAAAGUCUACCACAAGACAAAACCAGGCACUUGUGUAUGGCAAGAGAGCCACGUUUUGGGAGGGUAAAGGGGCAUAUCUGGAUGUUAUCCACAAGUACUUGGAGAUCCAUGGGACAGUCGAUCAAAGUGCUGGGAUUCCAGACUAUGUGAAAAACCACGGCAUUAUCAGAGGCACCGAGGUUCAGGCCCUGUUGAGACAGAGCAAGGUUUUUGUCGGAUUGUCUUUCCCAUAUGAAGGCCCCGCCCCUUUGGAGGCCUUAGCCAAUGGCUGUGCUUUUCUGAACCCCAGGUUACACCCUCCGCAAAGUAGGUUGAACACCGAGUUCUUCAAGGAUAAGCCCAACAUCAGAGAGGUGACAUCCCAACAUCCUUAUGCCGAGGCCAUAGGAGAGCCCUACGUAUGGAUGGUAGAUAUGCACAACUCCACAGAUGUGGAGAGAGCUCUCACUGCUAUCCUCAAUCAGACUAUUGGGCCCUACCUUCCCUAUGAGUUUUCCUGUGAAGGGAUGCUCCAGAGGGUCAACAUCCUGAUAGAAAAACAGGACUUCUGCAAUAGUACAGGGAGCUGGCCCCCACUGAGUGCACUCCAGGUUGUGAAGGCAGAGGCGAAGACUUCCUGUAAACAGGCAUGCCAGAAGAUGGGGCUGAUCUGUGAACCUGCAUUCUUUCCACAUCUUAACAGCGCUGACAAUCAUGCCAAAUAUGGUAUAGAUUGUCAAACAUCAGAGAUUUCUGACAGUCACUUGGUGUUUCCAGCCUACAACAGCAGUAGUAAACACUGUGUGCUCCAGUCCGACCCCCUGCUCUUCAGCUGUGUGAGAUCAGACCAGUCCUUGAUUCGCAUCUGCCCCUGUAGGGACUACAUUAAGGACCAGAUAGCCUUAUGCCAGGCAUGUAUCUAA